ACGAUGGCAGAGCUGGAACUCAGGUCUGGGUUCUUCCGGCCGUGCCCGUCCCUCCGCUACCUUCCAGCUCUUUGAGAACCUUCAUCUUCACCGUCCUGUCUAGACCCAAGGGCCAGGAGGAGCUGUCAGCCCUGACAACACCUGGAUGGAUCCAGUCCAGAAAUGUAACUCAACAUUGAUUCCCGAAUCUUCCCCGAUGAGCUCUGAAGAGACCUCCCAGGAAGUCACAGCAGCCUCCCCUCCUUCCUUCUCAGAACUGCUAAUGAUGGGCCUCGGUGACCUCAAAACCAGUCCGGGCACCAGACACCCUGCCCCUCUGCCAGAGGGGCUGCUCCAGCAGCGGUACAGGGAUGAGAAAACCCUCCAAGAGAGGCGGUGGGAAAGGGCAGCGUCCCCUCAGCGGAAGAGAACACUUCUGGGGCAAGUGAGACGGCGACACCUCGGUCACGUGGCACCUUACCGCGUCGAGAGGAAGGCCAGGAUCUCUUCCUCGGGGGAUAGAGAUCCGAACAGAUUCCGUUGUGAAUGUCGACACUGCCAGAGCCAUAGGCCCAGCGUCUCCGGGAUGCCUGCAGAGAGGAAAGGGACCCCGCAUCCUUCCUCCCGGGACACGAUGGUGCCGGGCCUCAGUGGCUUGACCCUCAGCCUGGGGACCAACCGGCCCGGCCUUCUGCCCGAAGGGGUGCUCCAACAGCAGGAGAGAGAGGAGAAGCUCCAACUGGAGAUGCAGCAGGAAAGCAAAAGAAUGUUCCAGAGGCUCCUGAAGCAGUGGUUGAAAGAAAACUGAGGCUCUCGUCCUCACGUGACAGAGAUCUGAACGGAUUCAGACGUGGAGGCUGGUGUGGCCAGAUCCUGAGCGUGGGUUCCUUUUGGGGACCGAACAGUAAGCAGUGAGAGAAGUCAGAGAAGGAGCGAAAGCAGUCUGAGGACUGGACACUCGGUCCGUGUGAGCGUGGAGCCAGUCCGGGAAGGGCCUACCCUUUCCUGCCUGGAAUUUCUGGGUCACCGUGGGGCUUUCUGUGGUUCACUGCGUACCAGAGGUCCUUAACUUCUGUGUUUCGGCUCCCAUGAUGCAUGUUGGCACUUUCCCUCCCCGGAUCUCCGUCUCUCCUCCCUGCCUCGUUGUCAGUAAGAUACAGGGUUUCUCUGUAGCAUGAAUGCCCUGGUGAUGGCCAUGUGCUUUCGUGCCGUGUCACUGACCGCCUCCCAGAAGCAGCACUAGGUCUGCUGGGAUGCCCGUCGCCUCAACAGAGCUCCACUUCCGAGAAU